AUGGAUAAUCUUCGCUACAAUUAUGACCUUGAACUCUUCAUUGCCACGUCAGAGGAGACGGAGGUCAACGUAAACGUCACGGCGCCAAAAUGGCCGUCAGCUGAUCUUGAUGAAUCGUUUACUAUAAGGCCCGGAGAAGUAAGGCAAAUGUUUAUUUCCAAUUCACUGCGAAACAUUGGUACAGCUAUCUCAAGUAAAGCCAUAUACGUGUCUGCUGAUAACAACAUCGUGGUUUACGGAGUCAACAAAGAGGACUAUUCUAACGAUGCAUUCCUAGGCUUACCCACCCAUGUCUUAGGUAAGCGUCACUUCUCUGUCAGCUACUCUCCAGCCUAUAGGAAAUGUGAAGUUGCCAUUGCGGCUAUUGAGGAUGACACGAGUAUUAAAAUCAAACUCCCUGUAUCCACCCCUGCCGUCAGUGUCAACUACCAGGGAUUGCAUUACGGAAAUAGAGGCGAGAUUAACAUUAUCCUGGAUCGUUUCAGUACGUUCCAAUUUCAAAGUGUUGGGGACCUGACAGGAUCUCGAAUAGAUUCAGAUAAACCCGUGUCCGUCUACAGUGGGAACAUGAAAACCAAUAUUGGGAUCGGCAGUACCCAAGACCAUCUUGUUGAGCAAAUACCACCAGUUGAGGCAUGGGGUAAGCGGUUCGCUACAGUUCCAACCCCUUACAGAACCACAGGGGACUACUUCCGGUUCGUUGCCAGUGAGGACGACACUGUUGUGAACGUUACAAGACAUGGAACACACAGUUUAGCCAAAGCUGGUCAAUAUCUUCAACUCCUUAUCCCAUCAGACGAAUUUAACCUCAUCACCAGCAACAAGGCCAUACUAGUGGCGAUGUUUGUCCUGAGUCAGUUGACUCAGUACGAUGAAGAAGAAGCUGAUCCGUCCAUGAUUCUGAUCCCUCCUAUACAACAAUGGGCGUCUGACUACACAUUCGCAACACCUAAAUUUUCAUUAGGAUCAUAUCAAAACUUCUUCAUGUUGGCCAUCGACUCUGCUGAGACAUCUGGACUGAUUCUAAACGGCCGCCCAAUGGUUCCAGACAGCAACUGGACGUCAGUUCCGGGGACCAAUCUCGUCGGUGCCUUCGUGUCCCUUCCAGAGGGGGUGCACAGAGUCCGACACAUCUCCGCAAUAGUCCUAUUUGCAGGCUACCUGUACGGAAAAGCAUUAUCAGAAACUUAUGGAUUCCCAACAGGGAUGAGACUCGCACCAAUAAAUGCGGUGUGUACAGCAACUCCAUCAACGGACGGUGACGGGGUUGAUAACGACUGUGACGGCCUCAUAGACGAGGAACUAUGUUUACCAGGGGAUAAUGCCGAUGACGACAAGGACGGGUAUGUGGAUGAAGACUGCGCCACGACUAUUCCAGUCGACGGUUUCUGGUCUGAAUGGGGGGCGUGGGGAGACUGCAGCCAAGACUGUGGGGAAGGGGUGCAGACCCGGACAAGAUCCUGUGACGCUCCCGCUCCAGCCUUCAAUGGUCAACCGUGCGCAGGCAACAGUAACGACACUCAACUCUGCAUCACCUCCUCCAUUUGUUACAGCUCGUCAUCAGGCGCGAUGGUCCCAGAACUCUGGAGGUAA